AUUGCCAAAUAAUCUGUAGUCUGCUUUUGAUGCACCAGGUUUCUUUUCAGCACUUCAGCACCUGCGUCUAUGGACAGCUCCCCUCCCAUGUCUAUUUUUGAUGAAGGCAAGUAGUGGGAUAGAGUGGUCUGUUGAAUUGCAUUGUAGCUGCAGAACCUAUUUCGCCAACCUCGGAGCCCGACAAGGAUUGGACAUUGGAUCAUUCUUUUUAAACUCCGAUGGAUAUUGAGAUAUACAAAAAGAAAACUGAGUGAAAGAUGGAUCAACCGAAACGCUGAAAUUGUUGUAGGUCUACUUUGGAGACGAAUACGUAAUUAUGGUUUUCAAUGAUCCUUGAUGCUGCGGCAACUGAAGAUAAUACAGAUUUAUCAUUGCAUUACGGCUGAGCUGAUCAAUUGGAAUACACAACAUUGUAUCGGAGAGAAAGUGUGCUUUGUGGCGUAUUGUGAGGGAAUGCGCGCAUUCCAAGUGAGUUGAGCGUUAAACAAGGAUGUCUGGCAACCUGUCCCUCCUGAGGCCUCCCUUAGUGGGUGCCACCGGAUCAAUGCAACCCACCCUCUCAAACAUGUCCCAGUUUCCACCUCUGGUUGACUGGGAGGUGCCCACCUUCACCCGAGCUGCCCAAUUCCGUGUCGGCGCCACCUUAAUCCUCUUCCUAUUUGCUGCCUGCAGCAACCUUGCGUUAUUGAUCAGUGUGUGCCGGGGGCGUGGCCGGCGCCUGGCUUCUCACUUGCGACCCCUCAUCAUGAGCCUGGCCGCCGCCGACCUAAUGAUGACCUUUGUGGUGAUGCCACUGGAUGCCAUUUGGAACAUCACGGUGCAGUGGUAUGGCGGGGACGCCAUGUGUAAGAUGCUAUGCUUCCUCAAGCUGUUUGCCAUGCACUCGUCAGCCUUCAUCCUGGUGGUGGUCAGUCUGGACAGGCACCACGCCAUCCUGCACCCGCUGGACUCACUCAACUCCCACCACCGGAACAAGAGGAUGCUGGGUCUGGCCUGGGGCCUCAGCGUGCUUCUGGCCUUACCACAGCUGUUCAUCUUCCGGGCCAUCAAGGCAGAGGGCGUAGACUUCACCCAGUGUGUGACCCAUGGCAGCUUCAAAGAGCGAUGGCAGGAGACGGUCUACAACAUGUUCUACUUCGUCACUCUCUACGUGUUCCCCCUGCUGGUCAUGAGCUUCUGCUACACACACAUCCUCAUUGAGAUCAAUCAGCAACUCCACAGGAACAAAGCUGGCGAGUCCUGCCUGAGACGCAGUGGCACAGACAUGAUCCCCAAAGCACGAAUGAAGACUCUAAAGAUGACCAUCAUCAUUGUGAUGUCCUUCGUGGUCUGCUGGACGCCCUACUACCUCCUGGGUAUCUGGUACUGGUUCCAGCCGGAGAUGCUGCAGGUCACGCCUGAAUACAUCCACCAUGCCUUGUUUGUCUUCGGCAACCUGAACACAUGUUUUGACCCGGUCAUCUAUGGCUUCUACACGCCCUCGUUCCGGGCCGACCUGGCCAUGUGCUGGUGCUAUAGAAGAAGGGACAUUAAUAUGUCGCCCAGGUCUCUGGACCGCCUGUCCACCCACCAGGGCCCCCACAGUAGAGAGCAGGACUCUGACGCCCCCGGUGUGGAACAGACCAAAGAGACUGGAGGUGACGUUAGAUGACUGGCGCUGACAGUAAGUACAUCUGUAAGGUUGGAGAGCUGAGGGAGAGCAGACCUGGAAAUGAGCGCUACUAAGGAGUAUGUAGACCGAUCUACUUAUUCUGUGAGGUGAAGACAGUGACAGGCUAAACAGCACCACCAAAAAUGUCUCCCCUCUGAUUGUACGCCCAUCUUUGACAUUUUGAGGACAUUGUUGAAGCAUGGGAGGAGGCACUUGAGUUAGGGGUCAAGCCCAACCUGAGAUGAAAGGGGAUAGAUGGAUAAAGAGACAAAACUAUAUUGGAAGUCAAGGGUUGAAGGGUUCAAAUCCUUCAGGAUUACUUUACCCAGAAAAUACAUGUUUUCUGGGCCUAAUCUACAGCAUUGGAGCCACUCUGAUCUUGUGAACUUACAUGAAUGGUUUGUUGUUUCCAAGAGGUCCAGAGGGAGGCAGAACAGAACCCACUGGGCUGCAACACGUUCCUGCCAACGUUGGAUAUCCAGUUAUACAGCAACAGUUAAGCACAUGCCAUUCUAUUUCAAUUACUAUCACAUGGAAAGGCAAACUCAUUUUAAUGGCC